AUCUCAUUAUGCAUCACCACAAAUGGAAAUUUUAUAAAAGAAAACAAAGGAAUCAUAUUAAGUUAUGAUAUACAGCUUUUGCUAAGAUCUACAUAUAGCUAUAUGACAAGAAAUAUAUAAUAAAUAUAUGAUUCCUAAAUUAAUCAAAAAUAUACAAAGUAAUUUGUAAAUAAUUGAUCAAAUAUUACAUAAUCUGUACAUAAAUCUGUAAAAUGAAGAUUACAAAGAUAAAGACGCAGAGAGAGAGAGAGGUUCCUGUUACGAAGGCCGGCUGGAUAGGAUUGGUGUUGGUUGCUGUGGUGUUUGGUUGCUGUGGUCGUCCAAUUCUGUGGUGGAGGAAGACGUCGGCUGGACUGGUAGAGGAGCGGUGGAGGAGUGGUGGCUGUUGGGCACUACGGGUUGCAGAUCUGGUGAGUACAAGCUUGGUGGGUUCCAAAAUCAAGUGGAGGAGCUUGAUUUCAAAUAGUUAUGGAGGAUUGGUGGUUGUGGUGGUAGUAGAGUGGUGGAUCUGUUAGGGUUCAAAAAUUUGGGGGAAAUUAGAGAAGAGGGAAAUGGGGGAAGAAGAAACUAGAUGCAAUUUUUAAAACAUCAAGCACGUCAGUCCAACUGACGUGUUUUAUGUUAGACAUCAUUUGGACUAACGUUUUUAGGUGUG